GGGAGGUUUCCCCAAACUUGGGAGAUUAGGGUCUACUGCUAAGACAGUAGUAUUGAUGUACAGAGAAUAGGUGAACGGUUUCGAACAGCAUUUAAAAGCGGCAAACUCCACUAAGAAAUAUUCGAAAAAAAGUUCCAUCCUAUUUUUCGAUUUCCUAAACAACUAUGUUCUAUUUAUUGGCUAAAUAUUUUUCUAGUAAAUUAAUAGUCGUUCGUAAAAUUCAAUGCUAUAAUCGUCGGGUCACGUGUUCAGAUUUUCUAAAUCUAUUUCGGUCUGGAUGUUUAGGAUAUAUCAGAGGGCAUCUAAAAUAUGCCUCUUAUCACCUUCGUUGUCAUUUGUUAAUUAGAUAAAUAGUUACAUUUAGCAUCUUAUAUCUCAAAAGACUAAAAUGUAUAGUGUUUUCUCAUUUAACACUGACUAAUUGCAAAUACUAGUGGUUUUUUUCACUUUGUAAUACUGUCGAUAUUCGGUUUUAUUUUACAUCUACUUUAUAUUUCAUUAGAUCCUUGAUCAUGGGUACUUUAGAUCCGUACCCCAGCUCAUCAACUAGUAACUCAAAAAAGUGUAUGAAUAAUCCUAUGAGAUUCUCAAUUAAUAAGGAUGUAAUAAAAAAAGCUGAGAAUCAAGAUGUAAAUUCAAUUCAACGUAUCGUCGCAUAUGAUCACUUAGAAUUUGAAACAAGUGUUAUUGAGCAAGCUAAAAAUACUUUCAAGAGAAAUAACAGCCUUCAGAUCAGUGCGACAAGAGAAAGACUUUCUACUCUAGACGAUGAUAUAAUGUCUGCUCAACAUGAACUGGAAAAAAUGGAACUAUCACUUGAUACACUGCUCGGUCAGGUGUCUAUUGAAGUGUCUAAUAGCAGUUUGGAAAAUAGGAAAAUACGUUCUUUAGAGUUGGAGAUAGAAACAAAGGCAAGAUCCACUCUCCAAAAUCCGCUCUGUUGAGUAAACUGUCUUCUUUGGAGAAGGCCAACUUUAUUUCAGAUGGCAACGUUUCAAGUGAGUAUUUUAUUCAAGUUUUUGUCACUAGAAAGUAAUCGCACGCUCUUCGAGUAACUGCAUCUUACACUACAAAAUACGAAUAUAUACCAAGACAUGUAGUCAAAGCAUGUUCAUUUUGAUUAUUUUGAAUGUAUAGUUAUGGUAAUUUUUCCACAUUACAUAUGAUUCUUUUCAAUAGAGAAAAAACAACUUAUCUUUAUAUUGAAGUGUUCAAAUCAGUUGUAUUUUUUCUGCCUAGAAUAGUAUCUCUGACUUAAAUUUCCCUACCAUAGUAAAUACAUGGUGGCGCCUUGCAUUUCAGAAGAGAAAAUUCAGUGUUUUACACUCCGUACAUAAAGACAACAAAAACGGCAACGUGUAUAUUCGUAUUCUCCUGAAUUCUUUGGGUUCCCUUCUAUAGAAUACUGAAUAGACAACUAUCGAGUAGAAUUCUGUCCGAAUGGCUCUUUUUGCUGUGAAAUUUAAUAUUAUACGGUCAUAAGAGUUUACAGUGCAAAUGACAGAUACUUGAAAGUUAGAUUGUAAGGGUUCGCUAUAAUUACUAAUAGUAGUCUAGUUAAUAACUACACUUUGGCAAUACAUAUUACAUUUUGGCUGGAUAUUUAAAUGUACUUGUAGAUUAGACUUUUUUAACACUGAUCUGCUUAGACUGAUACAUUUCUCUACUACCAAAUUGCAGGACUAGUUUUUGAAAUCGGAUUAUUUUGUUUUUGUAGUUGUUGUAUCGUUAUUAUGCGCUACUAAUCUUCGUCAUUUAGAGUUACCCGUUUUACCUUCGUAAUUUAAUACUAGAACCAGAUGAAGAUUUGCUAAGUGUGAAUAUCGUGAAACCACUGUCCGCAGAUGACUUUAAUUCUCCUAUAAAACAUCUCAGUACAAAGUUAUAUAAAGUAAAACGUUGUGAAAACAACGCUGUGGAACCGAAAAAGCUGUCUAAAUCUAAACAUAAUGAUGAUGCUGAUAUAAAUGCGUUUCAGGAACGAUUGAGACGUCAAAGACGUACUGAAUUAUUAGAGGAGCAAUUAGCUAGAGAACAUGAGGUUAGUAUCUUUUGUAUACAUUUUUAAUGAGUUCAUAUUACCUCAUGAUGUUUUUAUUAUGUUAUCAGACCAUCAGUCAGUUAUGUAAGUAAUUACUAAAUGGAUGGUGAAUAUUCUAAGAUUUUUUGUUCUUCGAGAAGUUACUGUACAAUGGAAGAAUUUCCCCCACGUAAUGUUUACUAAUGAUUAGUGGUUAUAUUUAAAUUAGGAUUACUCUAAUUCAAGAAUGUUGAGUAGUUAUAUUUUACUGAUAAUCUGAAGUGAAAGUUGUAAUUAGAAGUGAUCAUGAUCCACCUCUAAAGUACAUUUUCGUGAGAUAUGUCUGUACAUAUGGAUGUAAACGCAGUUCGUCAGAGUCAGAUGCUUACGUUCAGGAUUUAGAUGACGAUAGUAAUAAUUAUUCUUCUGAACAGCAUAGAACUUAUAACUCGCCAACACAACACACAAAGGAGACGACGUCGGUCAUUUACGUAUGCUUUACUUCAAAUGAAUUUAUCCUUCAGGUCGAAAUAUUGCCAUUGUCAAUCAGGAUUUUGGAUCCGGGCAGUAAAUGGUGAGUUAAAACUCACCUCUAUUAAAACCGUGAACAACCAUCCUUGCACAGAAGGAUACAUUUCUGUCGAUCGAUCGAGACGACAGUUGACGUCUGUAUUUAAGAACGUUUCUCAUGAGUAAUACACCAACUCGUAGCUUACGGUAUUUGGUUUCUUGGAAGUUCAAUAAACAGCUUACCAAAGACGAUAUUGCCAGAAUGCGUUCACAGUUGUACCCAGGUUGUUGAACUCACAUUGUAAUUAUUUGAGUUUAGACACUAAAAAUAUCAAUGAAAUUUUACAGCGCGUUCAAGCAAAUACUGAAGUUAAAGUAUUCAAUGAAAAUGGGAAAAUGUCUAUGAUUUGCUUCAGCCACAGAGAGCAAAUAGCUGUUUGCCACGCGUUCUCGGAAGUAAUAUGUAUUGAUUCGACUUAUCAGACCAAUAAAGUCGGGUAAGUAACGAUUAGUAAUAAAUUUAUCUGAAAGUUUUCCACUGUUCCAUCUAUUGGUGACUGAUAGUCUUGGGCAAGGGCACAUUGUUAUAUAUGCUCUUUGCAGUCAAGAAGGACGCGAAGAUGUCGAAAAACUAUUGGAAUGUUUUAAAGAGAUAAUGUGCGGUACUUAUGCUACACGCACUUUCAUUAUGGAUUCGGCGGCGAACGAAAUUUCACCUGUAUAGUCUACGUACAGUCAUUCUAACAUAAUACUUUGUUCAUUCCAUGUCUUGAGAGCGUUUUUUAGGAUGGUAUGUGUUAGCUGUACAAAUUAUUUUCUGUAGUUCCGAAAUCCUGAUGUGCGCAAAUGCUUGGAACACCUUGUGAAGACUAGACGGUCUGAUAUGUGAGCUUCGCUUUUCAUAACGCAUUAUAUUCAGAUUUACUCGAAAGUACGAACAUCUAAGGAUGCAUUUUCCACGAGCGUAUGAUUACAUAAAAGAUUACUGGAUUGCCAGGAAGUCAAUGUGGGCUCGCUGUUACCGGCGACAUGUAUUAAGCCUGGGCAACCACACAAACAACCGUGUCGAAAGUGCUCAUAAACACCUAAAAGGAUGUCUCAGAAGAGGUGAUUCCCUGCUAUUGACGUUCUGAAAAAUUUGGAGUAAAACAGACAUUGACCUACGUUUGCGUCCUUAUGACUCUGUGAAGGAUCUUCAACGUUUUCCAGUUCUUCAGGUAAGAAAUAUAGUUAAAUGUAUCAUUAAUUCCAAGUUCCAAUGUCACUUCGAACUCUUCCUAAUGAGUUCACAUCUUUUGCAGCUAAAUUGUAGCUGUAAAUUAUAAACGUGUUCGGACGAUGAGACACGGAUUUAUAGAAGGAGAAUACAUCCGGUGCCACGACAAGGGUGUGAUGUAUGUUGUUGAUACUUCACGUGCACGAUGUGCUUGUGAGCGUUUCAAUUACCACAUGCUGCCCUGUGGUCAUAUUUCGUAUGCACAUUCUAAAGAUCUGAUUUGUGGAUACUUAUUUCGAAAUAGCAACUUGCGGACAAAAAAAUAGCAUGAUGGACCUGGUUCUUUGUGCGCUGGACAACAUCUCAAUCUCUACAGGGAGUGAUGUUCUGCUAGAGAAGUUCACUAGCAACUACCACUCAAUCCAUGCUCUUAGUCAACCUUUGGCAAGUAAACUUAUCCGUUCAUGUCUCGAAGCAUCGGAAGAAAUAUGCGCACAAGUGAUGAGUUCAAUCGGUGCUAAUGAUGAAGCUACAACGUCAGAAUCCAUUGUUAAUGCAGAUCAUAGCUAUGCUUCUUGGUAACAAGAAGUUCUAAUAUUGUAAUGUUUUUAGUUUUACAUAAAUUCAUUUAUAUGGC